UCAAUCCCAUGGACUAGGACUACGCGUGUAUAUAUAAAGGGGUCGGGGGUAUUGCUGAAGCUACAAUAACAGCAUUUGCAUCGUUUCGUUCUUCUAGGUUUUCGUCGGCGCUCUCUCGUAGAUAAAAUAUUGAUCAUGCCUCGCCGUAGCUCCGGUGGAAGAUCUGCUCGUCCUGCAGCCCGUAGCCCGCCACCUCAACCAGUGCACCAUGCUCCUCCUCCAGCUCCUGUUCACAGUAGCUCCGGUGGAUCCAUGCUUGGAAGUAUUGGUUCAACCAUAGCCGAAGGAAUGGCAUUUGGUACUGGAAGUGCAGUUGCUCAUAGAGCUGUGGAUGCUGUUAUGGGUCCUCGCACGAUCCAACAUGAAACAGUUGUCUCUGAAGCUGUUGCUGCACCAGCACCUGCUGCAACCAACAUGGGAGAUUCUUGCAGUGUGCACUCUAAGGCAUUCCAGGAUUGCCUGAAUAGCUAUGGCACUGACAUCACUAAGUGUCAGUUCUACAUGGAUAUGUUAGCUGAAUGCAGGAGAAACUCAGGUUCGAUGAUGAGUUCUUAAGUGCGGUCUCCAGCCUCACAAACUAUCGUCCAUUAGUUGUGUCUGGAUUGCUGCUUAUUGCUAUGGUGACUACUAUUAAGGAUUUCCCAUCAGACGAUACUAUCUGUGGCAAUUGGGUGUGGUGAUCUUAGAAGAUAUGAAAGAAUGAUACAAAAAUUUUUACCAUACAUUAACAUGGAUGUGCAAUUUACAUUGCACAGUUGGAGUUCAUAGACUUCCCUUGAAGUUGACUUAGAAUUUUAUUGUUAACUUGCUUCGGCAACAAUUUAACAGCUUUGUAAGCUUGAAUUUGUUUGUUCUAUUUCCUUUACUUUUAGAUCCCGUAGAUGCAGUUCUAGCCAAAUUUUGCGCAUUUUCUAUAUGAAUUCCUGGGAAUUGCAGUUUUCUUAUGUAUGCU